AUCUCUCGCUUUUUUUUUUUUGCAAUAUAAUGCACUUUCCUGCGCGGCGGCUGUGUGCGCGAGUGAGCCAGUGUCGGAGGCCGUUCGAUCAUUGGGAACCAAAACCCUAGCCAUCUCCUGCUCUGCUGCUCCCGAUCUCAGAUUUAGAUCGCUCGAUCGCUCUGCUCGGGAGAAGGGAAGAGAUGAACAUUUUCAAGAAGAAGACUUCUCCCAAAGAUGCUCUCAGAACGAGUAAAAGAGAAAUGGCAGUCGCCACAAGAGGUGUUGAACGAGAGAUUGCUUCCCUGCAGUUAGAGGAGAGAAAACUAGUUGCAGAAAUCAAGAAGACUGCGCAAACUGGGAAUGAGGCUGCCACCCGGAUUUUAGCUCGUCAGCUUGUUCGUCUAAGGCAGCAAAUUACUAAUCUGCAAGGCAGUCGUGCUCAGAUAAGAGGCAUAGCAACACACACUCAGGCAAUGUAUGCAAGCACCUCAAUUUCCACAGGAAUGAAAGGUGCAAGCAAGGCAAUGGCUGCUAUGAACAAGCAAAUGGAACCAGGGAAGCAGGCAAAACUCAUGAAAGAAUUCCAGAAGCAAUCCUCACAGAUGGACAUGACACUUGAAAUGAUGUCAGAGACCAUUGAUGAAACUUUGGACAAAGAUGAAGCAGAAGAAGAAACAGAAGAGUUGACGAACCAGGUGCUUGAUGAAAUUGGUGUUGAUGUUGCUUCACAGCUAUCUUCGGCUCCCAAAGGCCGGAUUGCCGUCAACAGCAAGAGAGCUGAUGCUGUCACAAGGAAUGUAGUUCAAGAUAAUUCUCAUGUUGAUGAUCUUGAGAAGCGAAUGGCAUCACUGCGGCGUCUCUAGUCAGGCAAAAUAUAUUGUUACUGGUCAGAUGGGCUGAUGCUUCUAUGAAGCUUGCAAGAAAAGUUGUAUACCUACCCUUCUGUUGGAUUGGUGUUUUUUGUGAAGCCUGCAAAAGAAAGAAAAAAAAAACAAAAGUCUAAUAUUGUGGAAGUAUUUUUGUGAAACUUUUAGUAUUUUGAUAGUAGAUCUCGAUUUAUCUGUUUUUAUACAUUUUUCCCCCUUUUACUACUCUUGAUGUCAAUAAUAAUGGGGCAGGAGGACAUCUAAGUCUCAUGGUAUAAAGCACAUUGUAAUUAGGUUACUACAGAUUGAAUUUCUAGUAGAUAAAUAUUGUGUUUUGUUUAUUUUA